AUGACCGAAACGAUCAAAAGCAUGACCGAAACCAUGGUGCAGACUCAUUCUGCUUCUGCAGAGAACAUCCUACGCCUUUUCCCAGAGAUCAACACCGAGCUCGCUACACAAACCAAAUCCGCAACUCAAGAUGCCGACCUCGCUGGCUACGACGAGGAGCAGAUCCGGCUCAUGGACGAGGUCUGCAUUGUACUAGACGAGAACGAUGUACCAAUUGGCAGUGCAAGCAAGAAGGUGUGCCAUCUCAUGGAGAACAUCAACAAAGGCCUCCUUCACCGCGCAUUCUCCGUCUUCCUCUUCGACUCGCAGAACCGAUUGCUGCUGCAACAACGAGCUUCCGAGAAGAUCACCUUCCCAGACCUCUGGACCAACACUUGCUGCUCCCACCCACUUGGCGUGCCAGGCGAGACUGGUGCAACUCUCGAUGCAGCGAUCGCGGGUGUCAAGCGUGCGGCGGUACGGAAGCUUGACCAAGAGCUGGGCAUCAAGGCACAUCGAGUACCAAUUGAGAAGUUCGACUUCUUGACAAGAAUACACUACCUCGCACCGAGCGACGGCAAGUGGGGGGAGCACGAGAUUGACUACAUCCUGUUCAUCAAGGCCGACGUUGAUGUGAAGGAGAACCCGAACGAAGUGCAGGCGACCAAAUACGUUACGCCAGAAGAGUUGAAGAAGGACUUUCAAGAUCCGAGCCUCAAAUUCACGCCGUGGUUCAAGCUCAUUUGCAACAGCAUGCUGUUUGAGUGGUGGGAGAACUUGGACACCGGCUUGGACAAGUACAAUGGUGAGAGGGAGCUGAGAAGGAUGUUAUGA